CACAAUAUCUGACAUGGAAUGUCAUCUUAUCAUUGGUAACACAAUGCAAGGAAAGGAAUCACGUCUGGAACAUUUGGUAAUUUGCAUAGUAUUACCGUAGACGAUGUAUAGAAACUUGACAGAAGCUUGUGCAGCAGAGGCUUGUGAACCUCUGAAAAGGACAGGACAAGGAAUGCUGGUUUCAGAAGAGACAACAUUAAUACAAUAUAAAGUUUUUAAAGGAUGACAUUUAUCAGUAAAUAUUUACCAGAUUAACCUUGAAACUGUUAGUUUUUUAAUGAAACCUGAUGCUAUUAAACCAUUAACAUUGCAUUAGUCUAUAUUCUUAAUCAUGGUAUGUUGCCAUAGAACAAAACUGUUUUUUUGUUUAGAUUAAGCAUUGAAGUUGGUUAAAAUGAUGUCAUGCCAACAGGGAACGUGUUAUUAAGAGCAAGGGAUGAGGAAGGUUUGGGGCUUGUAUUAAAAUGAAAGAUACAUAAAUAUGUCUAUUAAUAUUUUGCAGUCCUUUUAUAAAAGUUGAACAGAGCCAAGUGUAAACCUCCAAGUAGCUGAGUUAAAAAAAUAUCAGAAUGUUUGAUGAUGUCCAAAUGAUAAUUCUUGCAAAUGCACAAGUCACUGAAACAAGAAGGCGAUGUCUGUUUUCUCUGACUGCCUGCUUUGCCUGCAAGCCUCUCAAACCAGAUCCUGCCAGUCUGCAACAAAGCUAUACACACACAUACAAUGCACAACUGACUCCUCAUCUCUUUUGAAAAAUAGAUCUGAGUCAAAUUUGGAAAGAAACGUGAGAAAUGUCGUAUGUAAACAAAUGCCAGAAAUAAGUGUCUACUUUUGUCAUGUACUCUAUGCUGAUGGCUUCCUUUUGCACUAUUCUCACAUUUGUACUUCCAUGUCAUCAUUCAUAUGCCCAGGUGCCUGUUAGAACCCUGUUGUAUAAAGCCCCUCUUGCAUCUCCUUUGAAGUUUCAGACAUUAUUGCAGAUUUUUUUUCGGAAUCUCACACUGCAGCCGUAGUGAGAGCGCCUCUGCCUUAAUUCAAAACCACACAAUGAGGUGAGGCAGAAACAUUACUUACACUCAGCUGCACACUUCACUCAGAGAGAAUAUCUGUAGAGGGAGGUAAUGGGCAGCAGCAUGUGGAGGAAGAGGAGGAAAAGGAAGGAUGAAGUACGCUUUUACACAAAUCUCAGCAGAAGGACUUUACAUUACUGCUAGUGCUAUCCAUUUUUUUUUCACUUUUCUGAAACAACCAGAUGUAGAAUAUAGCAAGAAUAUUAUACAUUUUAAUUGGUUGUAAUUAUCAAUUAUUUUUGUGAUAAAUAUAUACUCUUCCUGAUGACAGAUGAAUAAAAGAUUGAAAGGGACCAAAGCAGCCAAGCACUGGCUUUCUAGCAGAGUUCAUGGCGUGUCUGGAUUUAAUAUUAUAUAUUUAAUAAUGCUAGGAAAUGAUUAAAAAUGUUAGUUGAGAUUAAUUGCAUUGUCACUUGUGACUUGUAUUACACGCUCCAUUUUAAAGUUAGUUUUAAAUGUACAGUGCAAUACCAUUUUUUAACAUACUUUAAACAAACAUGGUGACUUUUUAAUAGCAGUAUUUUCUUUAUACAGUAGCAUUUCAAUCUUGGAGGGCUUCUUUAAGUCUUAAUGUUUCAGUAAAUCUCUACAUAAACAUAAAUGUAAUCAAAUUAAAUGCAUAUCAAAAUCAUAACAUUAUAACGGACACCUUUUCUGCAACAGUUAGUAGGCGUGUACUGAAUAUGAAUUAUUCUUCGGACUCAUUCAACUUUUUAGUGAUUGCAAAUAAUUUUUGUUCUAUCAAUUCUGCUUUUCUGUCCCUGCCAGUUCCUAUGCUGUUUUAUCUGCAUUCAUGAACUAUAUAUACAGGCAAUGACAGACUUUGUACUUUUUUAACAAUCAGGAAAAUAAUUGUUGUAAUUGGUGUGACCUGAAUUAUUAUUAUUACACAUUAGUGACCAUCCCCAUUUUAAGUCAUUUUAAAUCUAUUGUUUUGCUACUCUGUCCAGUCAUAUAAUAUUUUAAUAGGGUUUUAGCUGCAUCUAUACAGCAAUGUGAUGGCUGAUGUUGCUGGAUGCAUCAUUGUCCAGUAUUCAUUGACCUUAAGGGGGACAAUUCAAUAAAACAUCUGGGAGAUGAUUUGGGUUGGACUUUCGCCACCUACUGGAUCCUUUCACUGUCUGGGGGGAAAAAUCAUGACGAGUGCAACAUCCAUUUUGUAGAAUUGUAAAAUGUCAGCAAAAUCAAAAACAUACAGACAUGGGAUGGUUCUCAGGUUAACUUAAGAUUAACUUUUUUCUCUCAGAGUUUUAACUGUAUUAUAUCUAUACAUUCCUCAAAACUGUGUGUUGUGUUAUGUAAGUAUCAAGUACUAUAGGCUUAACGUGGAACGUGGGUAAUAUAUGGGUCAGCCCUUCUGUCCAUGUCACCAGCUUUGUGAGGGAUACAUAAUGAAUGAGAGCAUUUCAUGUAGUCUAACUUUGCUGUGAUUUUAUUGGCUGAGCCAAGUCUGCAACGCCAUCAGUGGCUGGCUGAUGUCUCCUCAGCGACAUCUUUCCUCAGACCAGUUUCAAGUCUUUUGUUCUAAGUGAGCAUGCGCACAGUGAUCCCGAAACCUGGUACACGAUGUACAGCCACACGUUGGUGUAUCCAAACCAGGUCGUUACGUAAACUUUAGAGCGCUUCAGCACUCGUGUUUUGUCUCGCUAGAGAAAGUUUACUUGGAUUCAUUUGUCCCAUUUCAAGAAAGGACAGCAGAUGUGACCUUAAGCCUAAUGAGGUUAAUUAGUUGAAUUUGAGCGCUCAACCGAAUUCCCUCAUAAAACUCUAAUAUUCAUUACUCUUCCCCUGUUGGGUUUGAUAGUUGUUUUCUUAGUCUACCAUCUCAUCUGUCUGCACUGCUCUGUCUGAGAGUGUACUUUUUCCUUUUACAGCAUGCUAGUACAUGUGAGCCAUGAUCAGGUCCAAAGCCAUGCUGUGUUUUCAGCCCAUGAUCAGUGUGCACUGAUGUACACUGAUGUGAAGUGACAGACUCGGCCAAAGACAUGAUUUUUCCCCGAGUUAUCUUCUUGGUGGCGUGUGGAGAAACGUGACGGAUGCAGUAGAAUGAUCGGUUGUUUUCGUAUGAGAAUAAUGACAUGAUAAAACAAAGAAAAAAGUUGCAAACGGGCAGCUUAUGAAGACCGCGAGGUCGCUCACAGGGUAUGUGGUCAGAAGUAGCUCAUCCUAUUGGACGGAUCACAUUAAUCUCUGCUGACAGUUUACGUAAGAGCAGAAGGGGAGGUGACUUGACUCCUUAUGCAGUGACAUCACUGCGCGCCAUCCUAUCGCCCAUCACUGUGCCCAGUCGUCAGUGAACGUAUACGUGAUUCGGGCUUGUUAUGGGGCACACAGGAAGACUUCAUGUACACAAUCGCGUUCGCGCUAGACACACAUGCACUCCUUCUUCUGUCCCUAUACCACAUUCCUCUCCAUCCUGGUUCCCAUUGUUGAUCAGACUCCACUACGAAGCUCCACCGCAGCAGCGGGGGGGUCUGGGCUAGAGGGCACAGGUCAGGAGGACAGAAGAGGUGCAGUUGUGGUGGUUGUUUGUUUUUUGGCGGGUCUUUAGUAGGGUGAACAUCAAUGAGAGAGAAGGGGCUGGCCGGUGGACGGCAGGGCAGGACCACCAUGGCCCUAAAGCUGAUGUUUUGGGAGCUGGAGAAUCAUCUCAAAAGGUAAUGAUGCCUGUCCUGUUGUCAGGGAGUUGAAAAAGAGGGUGGUGUUGCCACAGUAGGGGCCACGUCAAUAGUAGAAACCUGGUGGCACAGUGCGGGUGGAUCCAGAUGACGUGCCUGACGUGUUGUGAUUGUGGUAGUUGGUGAAACUUUGGAAAGUGGUUUCUCUUGAAGAACAAACUGGUGCAUGUCUCAGCUUGCAACAAAGUGUCAGGGUUCAUCACCUCAGCACAUUCAACUGCUGCACAGGUGUUCAGUGUGUUCUAGGACAUCAUGUUCCCACCCCUACACACAAUGUCACACUUGAAUUAAUGUAAAUUUGAGGAUGCCGUUUCAGCUAUAGCUGUUUGGUGUUGCUUUUAAAAUGGCCUUUAUCAACAUUUAGAGCAAAACAAAAGCCUUCAUUAGUACGUAUCCUAGGUAGGCAACAUGUUGCAAUCCCCUCAACCUAUCAGUUGGUCUAUAUAGGUUUUUCUUUGUCUGAUGAGAUACACUAUAAAUAUUUAUCUUUUCACAGUAGGUACAUAAGAACACCAAUAGUUCCUGCAGUGAUACCAAAAGAAAAAUGUUACUUUUAAGUCUGGAUUAACAAAGUAUUCACACAAGUCUACCCCAUUGUCCAGUGAAAUCCUAAAAUGUCAACUCUCAUUUAUGACAGUGAAAUUUCUUAAAAAUGCAGUUUUUUGACAAUUAUUUUAUUGAUCUGAUUUUCAAGUGUCCAAUCAAACCAAAUAAUGAAAAAGGAGGUACAAGUGACUGAAAGUAGCAGUAAACUUGUCAAUAAAUCAAGUUGAUUCCAAAAUAACAACUGUAUAAAGUGUGAUUGGUCAAUAACUGCACGGCACAUCACAGAAUCAUAAAAAAAAAACCCAUAUAUGUAUAUAAACCAUAUACAUAUUGGAACACACCCUAUCAUCAGUAUAGAGAGGGACGUGGGGAAAAGGGUCUGACAACACUGUACUGUGAAGUACACUUUGUUCCCACGUCAGACUGUCUGAUCUGGGCUCAUCCCCCACUGUCUCUGUCACCUGACCCCAUUUUCUUUUAUUGACCCUCCCUGCAUUUGAAUUGUUUUUGUCCUUUUACAAGUGGCAGGUGGUCAGUGCUAAGGUCGGCAGUUUUCCUCGGGGUCAAACCUGGGGCUAUUGAUUAAGUUCACUUAAAUCACAGAGUGCUUUUGUAGGAGCUACAGGUUUGGCAUCUUGUAAGGUUGUGGGAUAGCUUUUAAUACUUAAUAUAACAGAUAGGUGGAGACAUUCUCCCAUAACAAAGCUUUGGGUUCUUAACUACUUUUCAUAUUUUUAUUCAUUCAUUAGACUCCUGCUAAAUUAACAAGUGAGAUUAGGACAAUAAACAUUUGUUUACAAUACAAUAUAUUUUAACUUUGAACAAUAUUCUUAUAUUUAAAAAUGCAAAGCAUUUUAAAUAUAAAUAAAUUGUAGAUAUUUUUAUUGGGGAAUUGAAAGUUUAUGUUGGUGUGCUCAUUUAAGGGCUGCUGCCAAAUUUUCCCAUAUUUAUAUUUUGGUUUCUCCUAACCUUUUGAAUCAUGGUUCUGUUUUUAUACAAGACAAUAUUCUCAUACUGGUCAUCAUGGUGGGUCAGAUAAACAUGUCAAAAAAACAUGAUGCAGUUGAUAUAAAACCAAAUUUGAAGUGCAUUGAAUUAAGUUAAUGAUUGUUGAUUUUAUGUGUGUGACUGCAGUAUCCUUUAUUAACACAUCUGAUCAAAAAUAAAAACAAAAAAUAGGAUAAGAAUGAAUGUUUUUCUAGUGAUUCGAAUGUACAGCACAAUUAUAAAAUAUGUAUAAUAAAUAAUAAGUAUGUUAUGAAAACCCAAAUGUUGACCUACGUGAUGUGGACCGCGGUUUCGGAUGCGGUGUUUUGAUGAAGUUACUGCACAGAUAGUGCGGAGUAACAAAAUUAUAGAGACGUCUCCUCCAAUCAGCGUCGCUGUGGAGCUUUUUUUUCAUUUUGCAUGCAUUAUGCCAAUGAGUCUACUGUCGGCCAAUCAGACGGCAGUGGGUGCUGUGCAUUUUUUGUCCUCCAUUCAGUGAGCAGAGAGGAGGCCGCUCAAACGGAGUCUCCUCUCAGUCUUUGUGCGCACUGUCCCGCGGCUGCUGCGCUCGCUCUCAUGGAGCAGUAGAUCGGACUUUAAGCCGUCAACAACGAUGUGAUUCUGGACUGUUCUGCGGCUGAAUUCCGGGUGUGCGCAGCCGUCAAGGCUCCUCUAGUGUGUUAAUGGACGGGAUAGCAUGAAUUCUCAGUGUUACACAGUGGCGAUGGACCUUAGCGUUUGUCAGCUGAGGAAUUUCUCCAUAUCGUUUCUGUCCUCUGUGCUUGCAAAGGAGAGCGCAUCAGUCCGGCUCGACAAUAGCUCGUCGGGUGCAAGUGUGGUGGCCAUCGACAACAAGAUCGAGCAGGCCAUGGACUUGGUGAAGAGCCACUUAAUGUAUGCCGUACGUGAGGAGGUGGAGGUGCUGAAGGAGCAGAUCAAAGAGCUCAUCGAGCGUAACUCUCAGUUGGAGCAGGAGAACAACCUCCUCAAGAACCUGGCCAGCCCCGAGCAGAUGGCCCAAUUCCAGGCCCAGGUUCAGACCGGUGGCUCCCCGACUGGCACAGGCCAGCCUCCAGCCCCGGUCCCGGCUGGACCAACACAAGUCCUCUCCUCCUCGCAGAUCUCCAGCUCGUCUGCAUAGUCCAGAAAGUCCCAAACCCAGACAGUUCCUCCACCAUGACAGAUAGAGGAGAUGGGAGAAAGAAGAUAAGGAGGAGGAAGACGAAGGAGUCUUGCCAUACUGUGAACAGACUAUUCCACUGUCUCAAGGACACGACUUUUCUUUUCUUGCACACUUUAUUUAACUGACAGAGUUGCACUGGUGUCUGCGCUCAGUCCCGUUUCGAUGAACCUGCUUCAGACAAUCCUCGUCAUGCUGUUCGUUAUGAUGAUGCCCUGGUAAAGGGGUGGAGCUGACAAGAAUCCAGCAUUUGUGCAGUAACAAAAAAAGGCUACGCCGACAAUGGGGAGCUUGUCAGCAGCGUCUUUCUUUUUUUCUUUUUCGUUUUGUUUUUGUUUUAAUAUCCUCAUUGUCUCGCAACUUGUGCCAUCAUAUUUGACCCUCCCCAGCAUCUCCAAACCAGCGCUGUUAUUUCUGCACACAACUUUUUUUGUUUUGUUUUUUUGUUUUUUGCACUUUUCGUUGACACUAGACUAAUAUACAAUGUGCAAACCAAGCGGGACACAUAAGGAAAGAUGUCUCUGAGUGUUACUGAAAAAAUUUAGUAAAAAUAAACAGAAAUCAUGUGUCUUAAUAAUCCCAUCAUCCCAUUGACCAGAGCAUUAAACAUUUGAGCAGGGCGUCCAUGUUUUUUUUUUUAUUUUAUUUUUAAAGAGGAAGAGAAUACGUUUGGGAUUGUUUAAUGUCUCGUGCUUUUAUUGAUAUUGUGUUAAUUGUCCUAGCGCUAACAGCAGAUGCAUAACAGGUAAAAGUAGGACAUUGCUGUUCUUAGUGUCGUCCUUAUUUGUACAUAUACAAUUUAAAUCUGCCAAGUGCCUGGUGUCCAACCAUAGAUACAUAUAUAAAAAAAGUUUUUUUAGUUCAUGUUUUCAUAUUUUUUGUACAUAUAAAUAUAUAGAUAUAUAAAUAAAUUAAUACAUAUAAAUAUAUAUAAAUAUAUAUAUAUAUCUAUGGUUUAGCCAGGUUGUAAACUACCUGUGAUGUCAUUACUCAGGGUGGCACCAGAAGAGGACAAUUUUACCUCGACACAAAGAUGCUGUCUCUCCUGCAAUGACACACAGCCUUGUACUGUAUGUGAACUCUCCUUAAAGGCGACUCGCUCUAAAGAUCCUUGACUGUUUUACUGUUUUAUUUUCUGUUCUGUUUUUGUUUCUUUGUUUUAUGUCUUUUGUACAGGCAAGUGUAUGGAUUUGCUCUUAGUGCAACUGGAGUGCUCGACUCAACAAUAAUGGAAGCAAAUGGUCCCAGCAGAAGUAUGUUGAUGUUUUUUUUGUGCAUGUUCCUCAGCACAUCACAAAUGUGACGUUCAAUUUGCACUAGAAAGUUGCACCUCAAAUAAAAAUGAAAUACCCCCAAA